CGGGUCGCCGGGUCGCCGGAUAGAGCUCCUCCCCGACCCCGCCCCGGCAGGUUUAUCUUGUGACUCCGGCGGCCGCUUCUUCCUUCCUUGCGCUUGGAAGUUCCUCAGCAGCUAUGUGUUGCUUGGCCGCCGCGCUCCUGCUCCUGGCGCUCAGCACCUCCGCCCUGGCCGAGCCGGUGCACUUCAAGGAUUGCGGUUCCGGGGUUGGAGUUAUAAAGGAAGUGAAUGUGAUCCCAUGCCCCAUUCAGCCCUGCCAUCUGCAGAAAGGGCAGUCUUAUGCUGUCAAUGUCACCUUCACCAGUAGUACUCAAUCUCAAGGGAGCAAAGCCGUGGUGCAUGGCAUCGUGAUGGGCGUCCCAAUUGCCUUUGCCAUUCCUGAACCUGAUGGUUGUAAGAGUGGAGUCACCUGCCCCAUCGAAAAAAACAAGACUUACAACUACAUGGCUAAACUGCCAGUGAAGAGUGCGUACCCCUCGAUAAAACUGGUGGUGAAGUGGGAACUUCGGGAUGACAAAGACCAGUGUCUCUUCUGCUGGGAAAUCCCAGUACAGCUUGAAAACUAGAGCUGUUUGAUGCCAGUAUGUCCAUCUGGGGAUGAGAGCAUGAGUGGAGGGAGGGGAGGAGAAACCAAGUCUAAACUAAAUCAGUGCCAUAAGAGGAAAGGAAUUUCUAAACUGCUGUUUAUGCCUCUCAACCUCCAACUGCAUCUCAGACCCUGUUUCCGGAGAGCUUAGAACUGCUGCCCUUGUAAUAUCUUUUGUAAAAGGGUUGAAGGAAAGAAGAGAGUGUGUAGGGAUUGACCUAAUUGUCUUCAGUGUUUCUUGCUGUUGGAAUAAGGAGGGUCCAGUCAGACAGGACCAGAAUGAGGUUGCUUAGGGAUAUAGAUAACCUGCCCUGAGGUUAUUGGCCCUUGUAGGGGAGGACAGGUUCCAAACCACAUUCCUCGAGCUGGGGUGUUAAUCUCCAAGUGCCUCAUUGAGUUCAGUGCAUCAUUGAGUCAGCAACAAGCCUGCUGACUCUUGACAGCGCCUCCAGCUCCACUGCCUCAACAAUAAUGACUUGGUCUCCAGUGGUAUCCCGCGUUUCAGCAGAGGGGGAGGUGGUCUGCGACAAACUCAACUCUGGGUGGCUGGUUCUCCGUGGUUAUCUCAUUUCUCCUUUUCUGUCUUAGGUGGUUUUCAUUAAAUUCAACAAUUGAUUAGCAGA